AUGUCUGUCAAGUUCCAAGAGGAGACCGUCCGCACCGUCACGGGCGGCAAGCCCGAAGACCUCGCGCACCGCGUCGGUGAGCGAUUGACCGGUGGAAAGACCCAGACCGGCUAUCUCCAGGCCUACCUCAAGCAGCUGCAGCACAACCCGCUGCGCACCAAGAUGCUCACCUCCGGUGUGCUCUCCGGUCUGCAGGAGCUGCUGGCCUCGUGGCUCGCUCAUGAUGUCGGCAAGCACGGCCACUACUUCAGCUCGCGCAUCCCCAAGAUGUCGCUGUACGGCAUGUUCGUCGCCGCGCCCCUGGGCCAUGUCCUCAUCGGCAUCCUUCAGAAGAUCUUUGCUGGUCGCACCAGCUUGAAGGCCAAGAUCCUCCAGAUCCUCGUCAGCAACCUGAUCAUCUCCCCCAUCCAGAACAGUGUCUACCUGUCCUCGAUGGCCGUCAUUGCGGGCGCGCGCAACUUCCACCAGGUUCGCGCCACCGUCAAGGCGGGCUUCCUGCCCGUCAUGAAGGUCAGCUGGAUCACCUCUCCGCUGGCUCUGGCCUUUGCUCAGAAGUUCCUGCCCGAGCACACCUGGGUGCCCUUCUUCAACAUCAUCGGUUUCUUCAUCGGAACCUAUGUCAACACCCACACCAAGAAGAAGCGCCUCGAGGCUCUGCGGAAGCGCUACGACCAGCGCCGCGGCCCCGGUGGCGAGUACGAGAAGCGCGACUACCCUUAA